AGAAAGCUAAACGACACUUCCCAGUUUCAACUUCAUGCUUCAGUGAAUUUCUCUGUGAUUUUUCUCCCAAAAUUUUCAUCUCUCGCCAUCGCCGUUGGAGAACGCUCCAAUUUUCUCUCCAACAAUUCGUUCUUUCCCUUCUCAAUUUCCGGCGAGUUCUCCCUCUUCAAUUUCUCGUAAGAUUCAUCGAUCACAAACUUAUAUUGAUUUCGUUUUUCUGACACUGAUCUUAUUUUUCCAAUCGGUUUUCUUCUCCAACAUUUAUCGCUUCCAGAAUCCAGAUCUGGAUGCACAUGAACCAUUGUUUGCAUUUGGGGCAACCUUGAUUUGGGUUUUUAAGUGCUUUAUGGAAACUGUGGUCUUUAAAUUUUUAAACUUUUGUCGAAUGACGAGUGGCGUGGCUUCAAUUGCGGAGGUUUGAGUAACUGGGUCGCUGCUGCAGUGGUGGAAGUUUGAGAAUUGGGUUUCGAUUUGUUUGAGGAAGUUUUCGGGGAGGACUAGGUGUUUGUCGGGUCGGCGUCAUGUUCUAUGGUUCGGUGGUAUGGGACCCUUGGCUUAUUGUUGCUCAGAUUGUGUGUCUUCAAUGUUUGUACUAUAUCACCCUGGGGUUGUUCUUGUCGAUACUUGUUGGCACACGUGUGUCUCGGUUGAGUCUCGUGUAUUUCUUUGACUAUGUUGCGAUUACUACCUCUACCAUUACUGGUUGGUGUGUUAUUGCUUCAUUUCUGCUCAGCUCACUUGCAGGGGCGGUAUAUGUGUUUUAUUUGAUCGAAAGAUCAAAGAAGUGCUUGGAUUUUUCAGCCACCAUCUACAUUGUCCAUCUUUUUAUAUGCAUUGUGUAUGGGGGUUGGCCCUCCUCUAUAACAUGGUGGAUUGUGAAUGGUACUGGAAUUGCAGUGAUGGCUUUGCUAGGUGAACGUCUGUGCAUGAAGCGUGAACUCCAGGAGAUAUCAUUAACACGAUUUCGUUCAAAUGUUUGAUGGGCAGAAGUACUUUUGAAUGCAAGAAAGAAGUGCUGCAGGAUGGCAACAACUUUUGCUUCUAUGUAUUGGAUGAUCUACAAGAUAAAGCCCACAAAGUCAAUAGUUCUAUGCUGUCUCUGAAAGACCUACAUUUCCUUUCUAUUCUUUAGUUGUAAUAGAAAUGAAACAUACAUAACCAGACGAGAGUACAUAAUAUUUCAGGAAUUUCCGGAAGUCUUAUUGUAAUUUAAUUCUAUUCUAUUUCGAUUUUCCUUCCCUUUAGUGUUGUUGGUUAAGUUGAUGCAUUUAGUUGAUAGAGUUUUUAUUCUUUUUACCCUUUUGUGAGUUUUCGGAUCUGUUUACAAUCUCGGAAUUAUGUUACUUCUUUCUGUCCGAUAACCUUUAAUGAGGUUCUAAUAUCAGGUAGCAGAAUGAACCUCUCAGUCAGAUUUGUUUUUUCACUUCUUCAUUGAUUGAUAUAUUGCAGCACACUUUGUGGUUAA